CAGUGGAAAGAAACGAUGCUUGAGGAGCAGAAGUCUGUGGCUGGCAGUGCUAAAAUGUUUGUCCAAAGAGAUGCUCUUCAUGUCUUUGUUUCCUUUCUGUCAGAAGCUGAUGCAAGCAGCCUUCCAGCCAAGCGCAGCCUUGCAGAAAGGCAAGGCAGAAGCACCGAGUGUGGCACAGCACCCAAGAGAGACAGAGGUGCUGAGCCCAAUGGAAAGAUCUACGCGAAAGCGGUGCAGGAGGUCCUUUCAGAGAGAGCUCGUCUCCAGGCUGGAGGGCUUCCUCCAUCAGCAGGUCCCAGCUCAGGGGGAAGACCUGCCCCUGCCGCGUGCCCCCGCUCUGUCUCCAAGUCCCUGGCUGGAGGUAAACGCAAGGGCUUGGAAGAAGAGCAGCAAACAGCAGCGCAGCUGCCUGCCUGCAAAAGAGCGAGGGCUGAGAGCGGAGGCAGCGUGCCGGCUCCAGCAGCACAGCCUGGGCCUGCUGCAGCACGGAGCUCCAAGCUGAGAGCAAGAAGACGACAACAAAAAGAGAGGAGAGGGCAACUGAAGAAGGCUUCCCUCAGAGCUGCAGCUGCACAUGCAGAGUGCUCCGCCAUGAACAGCCUGGUGGAGAUGAUGCAGAAGCUGCAGCUGAACGAUUGAGAGGAGGAGCAUCAGCAGGCAGCGCUGCAGCGCAUGGCGUUACAGGGCAGCGUUCCGAGUGCUGCCAACU